CGAGAAUCUCAAGUCGAAUUUAGGGUUGAGGGAGUGUCCGGAUGACGCAUUCGGAUGACAUUUUCAAAAAUGGAGUCUGUCCCCGCCAUCGAGCCUCGAACCGAGGUGGCGCCCGAGGAGGUAGCCACGGGCUCCAAUGCCAGCAAGUUUGCCUGCAAGCACGACAUCGUCAUGCUCCGAUCUGUCGGGUUGCUUGAGCCUUGGGCGGCGGCCCACGGUGCAGUGAUGUCCACGUGGGAAGCGAUCGCCGAGUCGCUCGCCGACGCAAGCGACUUUGGCCUCAAGAACAAGAAGGGCCCAGCACUCAAGACGCGCUUUGAGAGCAUCAUGAACAAGUUCAAGAAGAGCGAAUUCCAGAGCCUACGCAAGUCCGGGACGGUCGAGGAGUACGAAGAGCGCGAGCAACUCCUUACAGACAUCAAGGCCCGCAUGGACGACUACACGGCGAACGCGACCGUUCGCAAGGACGCAGAGAAGAAGAAGCAAGAAGGCAUUGAGGGCUCUGGUGUUUUGAUGCGUCGACUUGCUAUGGCUCCUCUCGCGCCACCAAGGGCGGAAUUGACGGCCGACUCGGAUGCUUCGGCUUCGUCUUCCGUGACAGCUGAGGCGGCGUCGGAGUCAUCGGGGUCAUCGGGGUCGACGGAAGGCCCCGCGGCCCCUGGUGAGGCAUCGACACCCCCACCCAAGCGGUUGAAGAAGCGCAAGACCAUCGCGAAGGACGACUACAUCACAGGUCUCAUGACUGCGAUCCAGUCGGCCAUCGGCGAGUGGCGCUCACGCGACGAGGCCAGCUCAAAGCGAGCGCAAGAAGAGCUCCAAUUGCAACGCGAACGUCUGGAUCACGACCGCACGGUUGCCCGGAUGCUGGCGGAACAAAAUGCGCAGAACCAGCAGAUUAUCAUGACUCUUCUCCAAAAGCUUGCGGAUAAGUAAAGUCAUUCAAUGUAAAUGCAGUUAGCCUCCC